AUGCCUCUCGUCAAGACCACGGAAGUCAACGAGGACACUCGUGUCCUCGGCUACGAUCCUCUGCUGUCGCCCAUGUUCCUCCAGACCGAGAUCCCCGCGCCUGAUCGCGCCAUUGAGGUCGUUCGCCAGGGUCGCAAUGAGGCCGUCGAGAUUAUCGAGCAGCGCGACGACCGUCUCCUGGUCAUGGUCGGCCCUUGCUCCAUCCACGACCCCGACACUGCCCUCGAGUACGCUCGCCGCCUCAAGGAGAUCUCCACCAAGCUCUCCAAGGACCUUUGCAUCAUUAUGCGCGCCUACCUCGAGAAGCCCCGUACUACUGUUGGCUGGAAGGGUCUGAUCAACGACCCCGACAUCGACGAGUCUUACAACAUCAACAAGGGUCUCCGCGUCUCCCGCAAACUUUACUAUUUGGCCGAUCUAAUUUCCCUCGGCGCCAUCGGUGCCCGCACCACCGAGUCCCAGCUCCACCGCGAGUUGGCCUCCGGUCUCUCCUUCCCCAUCGGCUACAAGAACGGCACCGACGGUAACCUGACCGUCGCCGUCGACGCCAUCGGUGCCGCCUCCCACCCCCACCGUUUCCUCGGUGUCACCAAGCAGGGUUUGGCCGCCAUCACCAAGACCUCUGGCAACGAGCACGGCUUUGUCAUUCUUCGCGGAGGCAACAGGGGCACCAACUACGACCGCGAGAGCGUCCGCGCUGCCCGCGAGGCUCUGCGCGCAAAGAAGCUGCGUGAGGUCCUCAUGGUCGACUGCUCCCACGGUAACUCCAAGAAGAACCACCUCAACCAGCCUAUCGUCGCGAAGGAGGUCUCCGACCAGCUGCGCGAGGGUGAGACUGGUAUCAUUGGUGUCAUGAUCGAGUCCAACAUCUACGAGGGUAACCAGAAGGUUCCCCCGGAGGGACCCUCUCACCUCCUUCGUGGCGUCAGUAUCACCGACGCCUGCAUCAACUGGGAGAUGACCGUUGACACUCUGAACGAUCUUGCCGACGGUGUUCGUGCCCGCCGUGCCAUUCUCAAAUCUAAGGCCAACGGUGCCAACGGCUCCCAAUAA